AAAAAAAAAGUCCAAAUAUGUUUGUCAUAUGUCAAAUUUAUUUAUUUCGCUUAAAUUUAAGCAGAAUCGCUUAGUUGUUUCUAAAUUGUUUGUUUUACACGGACAAAUAUUUCCCUAUUGGUUUGUUACGUUUGCUAAAAUCGCACUCGCAAAGAUGGAUUAUUCAGAAAAGGGCUAAAGAUACCCAAGUUACCCAUUAAAGGACCAAGGGAUUAUGAUUAUUGGCGUCGUUUGAAACGCAAACCGAAAAAUCCAAAAGACAAAUCGCCAAGAACUAACAAAUUAUGUCCUCGUAGGCCAGCGGUUUACAAGCCAAAGAAAAAGAGUGAAAUCAAACCCGAUGAAGAUGAUGUAACAACCAAAUGAAAUGAAAAUGAAAACUAAUCCAGAUUACAAUCAAAAAUCAUAAAUCGAAAUAAAUUCAAAUUUUCUGCAAUUUAUGUGGCAGCUCUUGCAACAGCUGUCGCGAAUAUGUACUCAUUUACUCGUUAUCGCCAAAAGUAUCGCUUGCAAAAAUCAUCUGGUCGUCGUUUUUUUGUUUCUUUGUUUUUGACGUUAUCGUUCGUUUGAUCGUCCGUUUGUCUGCCAUGGCGCUGUUGAGGAGCGUUUCAAAUGGAUUUUCUGCCGUAUUUCGACGGUUUGCCAGUUCAAGUGGAUGCACCAUUUACAGCCUCAGUUCGGGCCACGUCAAGUGCGGCGUCUCCGUAAUACGUGUCUCCGGCCCACAAACAAAGCAGGCGCUGCGCGCCAUUGUUGAUAAUGGCGAAUACGAGCCAAAGCAGCGACAGGCAUAUCUUAAAUCGUUUUAUCAUCCCACCAGCAAAGAGAUUAUCGACCGUGGUCUGCUCCUUUGGUUUCCUGGACCAGCGUCGUUCACGGGCGAGGACGCUUGUGAAUUUCAGGUGCACGGCUCGUUGGCCGUUAUUGCGGCCAUGCUGGAUGCACUUGGCCAAUUGCCCGGCCUAAGACCGGCUCAGCCUGGUGAGUUUACAAAGCGUGCGUUUUUUGGCGGCAAACUAGAUCUAACCGAAGUAGAGGGCUUGGCCGAUCUGAUACACGCCGAAACGGAGGCACAGCGCAAACAGGCUCUCCUGCAAAGCACCGGCGCUUUGGGUAGACUCUAUGACAACUGGCGCAAACGGCUCAUUCGUUGUGCCGCCCAUCUGGAGGCCUAUAUUGACUUUGCCGAAGAGGAGCAAAUAGAGGGCGGCGUUAUAGUACAGUUGACCAGGGAACUUAAUGCCGUGAAACGGGAAAUAAGUGCACAUUUAAAUGAUCAAAGACAGGGCGAACUGCUACGGGAUGGUGUACGCACUGUCAUCAUCGGUGCUCCAAAUGUGGGCAAGAGUAGCCUUUUAAAUCUACUUUGCCAGCGUGCCGUAUCCAUUGUGACCGAACAGGCAGGCACAACACGCGACAUUAUUGAGACAAUGCAUAACUUUGGCGGCUAUCCAGUUGUCUUUGCGGACACAGCAGGCCUUCGCAAGCACACCACAGAUACUAUCGAGGUGGAAGGCAUGGCACGUGCCAAACAAUGCUUAGCCCAGUCCGAUCUUAUUUUGUUGCUCACGGACGCUAGGGCUUUACGUAAGGUGGAAAACAAUGAGGCACUAACUGGCCACAUCGAUAACUAUUUGGAGGAGCUGGAUAUACCGCCUGAGCUGUGCAGUGGAAAACGCUUGCAGUUAGUGGCAAAUAAAACGGACACACUGUCAGCGGAGGAAAUUCAGCGUCUCGGCAAACUGGACAAUGUGUUAGCACUAUCUUGCCACAAGCAAGAUAAUUUGCCCGAGUUUCUGGGCUCCUUAGAACAGCUGCUACAACAGCUAUGUGGCGUACCGCAGGCGGAACAUCCACGCAUCACGCACACGCGUUACAGACAGCAAUUGGAGCGGUGCAUUGAUCACAUCAAAAUAUUUCUACGAGAUUACAAACCCGAUGUGUACCCAGACAUGGCCAUAGCAGCACAGCAGCUACGUAAAUCUGUGCGCUGCAUAGAACGCAUCACUGGACAUGUCAGCUGCGAAGAUAUACUCGAUGUGGUCUUUAAAGAUUUUUGCAUUGGAAAAUAGUUCGUAAUCUAAUUUUUAAGUAUUAAGCUUGCAAUGUACAGAACAUAUGGACUGCCAAAAAACAAUUACACCUUAUCAUAUGAUUAAUUCA